AUGGCGAUCUUAUCCACCUUACUCUCUUACCUCUCCUCUCACCCAUCUCCUCUACGCCUUCCCCAGACCUCCCAAUACCUGUCUCAACAAGCUCCAAUCUUCCUCUCCUCUUCCGAUUCUUCAAAGGAUACCCAAGAAACCUGGAUCGUAUAUGAACAGCUCCUCCUAUCCUGCCUUCGAACAGGCGAUGACGCUAGCGCAAAGUUAUGUCUUGAGCGAUUGUCGGAUCGCUUCGGGAGAGACUCUCCUCGAAUAAGUGCGCUCGUGGGCCUUUAUGAAGAGGCGGCAGCAAAGGAUGUGAGGGAGCUGGAAUCCGUGUUGAAAGGUUACCAAGAUAUCCUGAAAGAGGAUCCUACAAAUAUGCCGAUAGAGAAACGCCACAUCGCACUCCUCGCAUCUCUUAAUCGUACGGAAGACGCCAUCAAAGCCCUUACCGCACUCCUUAAUCAUUCGCCGAACGAUGCCGAAUCAUGGUCCCAACUAUCAUCACUCUACUAUACACAAGGAAUGUACCCACAGGCAAUAUUCUGUCUAGAGGAGGUUCUUCUUAUACUGCCGAAUGCAUACAACAUGUUUGCAAGACUCGGUGAAAUCAACUACAUAUCUGCACAAGGCACAAACAUGGAUGGCCUUAUAGAAUCAGUCAAACAUUUCGCGCGAAGUGUUGAGCUGUGCGAGUGGUAUUUGAGGGGAUGGUACGGCCUAAAGCUUGUCACAGGGAAAAUUCUGGAAUUGAACCGUGCAGAUAAGGCUGGCGGCAUUGAGAGAAAAAAGAUCGAAGCGCUUAACGAAAUGGCAACCAAAAAAUUGGCUGAGAUUGUGGGCAAAGCAAACAGACGGGAAAGGGGCUGGGGGGGUUUCGAUGAAGCCGAGGUUGAAGCUGCAAAAGCCUUGGUUGACAGCAGCGAUGUAAAGACUGUACGAUGA